CUCAUGGCCGCCCUGCAGUUUAGUAGUAACGCCUUGAAAAGAGUCGUUCUUGGAUCACAAUUCAGAAGUUUUGCUAGCAAGAUGACCGAGCCGAAUAUGCACAGAAAACUUGUAAAGUUUCAAGCGGAAAAUGGGAAGCAGGUUGAGGUUCAGGCUGUUUAUGAGGAUUCCCUUUCCACCGGCUCAUCAGUGGGUACUGUAGUUGCUUUCCAUGGCUCUCCUGGAUCUCACAACGAUUUCAAGUACAUUAGACAACAAUUUGAUGAAGCUGGAAUCAGAUUCAUUGGCCUCAACUAUCCAGGAUUCAAACAAACUGAUGGUUACCCCGGUCAAGGACACUGCAACAAGGAGCGCCAAAACUAUACAGACGCUUUUUUGAAGUCCGCGGAUCUUUCCGGAAAAGUGAUAUUCCUUGCACACAGCAGAGGAUGCGAGAAUGCUCUUAUGACGGCAACAACCUUUCCGGCUCAUGGACUUGUAAUGAUGAAUCCAUUAGGAUUGAGGAAGCAUAAAUCGAUUCGUCCGUUGUCAAGACUUGAGCGCAUCGAAUGGGUUUAUGAUAUGCUGCCAAAGUUUCUGGCCGACGCGAUGAUCUAUAGAAUGUACCUCUCCUUUGGUCUGAAAGUUCAAGACGGAGAGGAGGCGAUCAGCGCAUUGCGUUCAGUUAUUCGUUGUGGCCUUGAGACGACUCUGCCGAACAUUCACAAGCUCCGUGAGCAAGAUACCAAGACCUUCAUUAUUUUUGCCGGAAAGGAUCUCAUUUGUGAGGAUGAAAUUGUGUUUGAGGCGCUGAAAGAGUACAGGGAUUUAGUUCAUUUCGAUUACGACUCGGAAAUUCCAACUGAUGAUUAUGGAAAAAUCCUGAAGACGUUUGACUCUGAAAAGGGAGCUUCUGUUUUUGUGGCAAAGGAUACUCAUUUUCAAAACAAGAAACGCGCCGAUUUGGUGGCAGAGGUUGUGAAAAAGAUUUUUGAUGCGGAAGGGACGGGUAAAAACAAAUUGUGAAUGGAUUUAUGAACUUGAUUGUAGAUAAAAAAGUUUUGAAAAUAAAUAAUUUUUUCAAUUG